AUGUGCACUGAAAUGUCACAUGCUAUUGGGAAGCUCGUAGUGGGCUUAGGGAAGCUUGACGAGGGGCAACCUGGAUCAAGCAAGAACAUAGACAAUAACCCACAGCCAAGUGAACAUACUAGUUCUCGGAGGAAGCGAGCAACACCUAGAGUGAUUGAACACAGCUCAAGUGAGGAUGAGGAAUCAUUCAAGUCAGACGAAGAGAGCGAGGAUGAGGACGACGACGAAGACAAUGAAUUAGAACCAGACAGCGAAAACAAGGACAAUAGUGGCAAGGACAUCGGCAAUGUGCAAGGAGGGAACGACAGUGCCCCACAAGUUGAUGAGGAAGAGGUAAACAAGGCUGAUGUGCCGGAAAGCGAGGCAGCUCAAGAUGAUGAGACAGAGAAAGUUGUUGAAGAUGAGGACAGUGAGGACCAUGUUGAGAAGGGUAGAGGCAAGAAAAACGAUGAUGGAAAUGGAGGCGAUGAGGACCAUGGCGGAGGAGCCAAUACAGGAGGUUCCAGCAGGACAAACAAUUCUGGUGGAGAUGAAGGAGGAGGAAGUUCAAGCAGCAGUAGGGAUGAAGACUCUGGAUCAAAUUUCUUUAUCAAGCAGAAUGACAGCAAACAGCAAGCAGCAGAUGCUGCAGAAACAUUUUCACUUAUAGAUAUUGUCAAGAUGGAGUUCAAGAAGCAGUGGGACCCUUUUCAAAAGGAACUUGAAUUGCCACAAGUGUUUGAUGGGCGGAAACCCCACUUAUAUGCGAGGACAUUAUUCGUUUAUGGAAUAAAUCUGCCGCAAGCAUUUUCUAAGAAACAUUUACUAUCAAUUGCACCAAGGAAGCAAAAGAGAGUGUCGUUCAACCUGGACCCAAACCGUGUUGCAGUUGCAGAAAGGAUGCAACCAAAGGCACUGACACCAUCACUCAAACAUAGAGGCCAAACUGGAAAAGUUCAACAGGCAACUAUGUUGGCUAACAAGGCAAGUCAAGCAAAAUGUCAGGCAACUUACAGUGUUCAGAAGCCGGUUGAGCAAGGCUGCAAACUUGGCACUAUCAAACAAGCAAGUUCAAUGGGGAAGUUGCCAACCACAGGAGAGAAGUUGCUUGAUGAGAACCGACACAUUGACAACUUUCCAGACCCUGGUACAAAACAACAAGGCCAACUGGAUGUGUUGCCUAGGUCUAUCGUUAAGUUGUCUGCCCAGAGUCCUCAGGUUGAUCCUGUGCAAAAGAAUGAUCCAAAACAACCAGUGCCUUUCGAGAUGUUGCCCAACAAUGUUAUUGAGUUGCCUGCAAGGAGCCAGCAACCUGCCACCUCACACACGACUGAUGGAAUAAGACCAGUGCCAGAGGAGAAGUUGCCUAGCCAUGUUGCUGUUUUGGCUGCAAGGCCCCCUCAGCUUGCCAAUUCAACUACAAUGGCUGGGAAACAAACAGUGCAACUACCCAACUAG